ACACAAUAAAAUUUCGUCAUUUCUAUCAAUUUUCCUUUCCCAUACCGAUCAAACUACAGAUUUUUACGGUUUUAUUUCAGAAAAUAGAUUCUGAAAUCAGAUUUGCGUAAUUUUGUCAUUAUUCUCUGGAUCAUCAAAGCACAUUAAAUUGAACCAGAGCAUUUGAGGAAGAUAAUUUGCAGGUAGAUCAGAUGAGGGCAAGAAAAUCCUCGUCCGAUGAAGAAUUAAACCAUACAACAAUCUUUCCACCGCAAACAAGACGGAAGGGCAUCGGAAUUAGGAAAUGGCUCGUUCUAUCGGAAUCAGGUCAAUCGCAUCUUGAAGACAUUGGAAAGCAUUCAAUCAUGAAAAGGACAGGGCUCCCUGCGCGUGAUCUUAGGGUUCUUGAUCCCAUAAUUUCUUAUCCCUUUUCGAUUUUUGGAAGGGAGAGAGCAAUUGUUAUCAAUUUGGAGCACAUCAAGGCAAUAAUCACUGCAACUGAGGUUUUCGUGCUUAAUUCCAAGGAUCCAGCUGUUGUCCCAUUUGUUCAAGAUCUUCAGAACCGUGUUAUGUGUUCCAAUGUGGCUGCCCAGAGGGCAACUGAAGGAUUUGAUAAUGACAUGGAGGUAACAGAGAAGGAAUCACAGGAGUCACCCUCAUUUCAUGCUCACCAUGGAUCAGAAAAACCUGCAAACCUGGACAUUUCUCAGCUGCCUCACCUUUCAAAGGAUAACUCUAUGCCAAAAAUGAAAAUGAAGGGCAGUAGCCCUAUGACUGCAGUAGAUGUGGCGGGAGCCGAAGGAACCAUGAUGCUGCCGUUUGAGUUCAGAGCACUUGAAGCUUGUCUAGAAUCUGCUUGCAGAUGUCUUGAUUAUGAUACUUCCACAUUGGAGCAAGAAGCAUAUCCAGCUUUGGAUGAACUUACCUCCAAAAUUAGCACGCUCACUCUAGAACGUGUCAGGCAAAUAAAGAGUCGUCUAGUAGCAAUAUCUGGUCGUGUGCAAAAGGUGAGAGAUGAACUUGAACAUCUACUGGAUGAUGACAAUGAUAUGGCCGAGAUGUAUUUGACAGAAAAACUUGUUAGUCAGUCAUUGGAUCAGAUCUCCUUGAGUGGUGAAUUAGACAAUGAUUCAAUUAACUUACAUGAUGAAAGGGAGGAAGAAACAAAGACCGACGGUGGAGAAAGCUUGACCACCAUUAAGCCUAAUAUCGAGGAAUUGGAGAUGCUAUUAGAAGCUUACUUCAUUCAGAUAGAUGGCAUAUUAAACGAACUUUCCAUGUUGAGGGAGUAUGUGGAUGACACUGAGGACUAUGUCAACAUUAUGUUGGAUGACAAACAGAAUCAACUGCUGCAGAUGGGAGUGGUGCUUACUACUGCAAACUUAGUUAUCAAUGCAGGGAUUGUUGUUGUGGGUUUGUUUGGAAUGAACAUUCAUAUUUCCCUCUUUGAUGGGGUCCCUGGGCAAUUCUGGGGGACUGCCCUUGGAACCAUGGGAGGUGUUGUGGCUAUAUUUUAUAUUGCUGUAGGUUGGAGUAAAACCAAAGGACUUCUUGCAUGAUUUUCUUGCUAGCAUGGGCCUCUUGUAUAUAACACUCAACUGUGUAUCUUGGAGUGCCUGAAAGGAAGUUGCACUAUACAGUUUGAACUAAUUAUAAAAGUUGGCAUAGGUUCUUUAGGUGA